UUUUUUUUGCCUUUUUUUUUAUUUUUCCUCCGUUUAUUGAAUUGACUACAAUAAUUUUCAUCUCAGCAAACGGACGCCCAAAUCCAAAUUAGCCAAGUGAAGCUAUAUUGUUUGGCCCCUCUCAACAAAAUUAUCUUUCUGAAAUUUCCAUUGAUUGCUCUCAACUAUCUUCGUCAAUUUUCUCCCAAUUAGCAAAUGGCGGAAGCAGUCCUCUCGGGAAUUGCAGAGGGGAUCACUGGGCAGUUGGGUAACGCUGUUGUGAAACAGAUUGCUUACUUAUGGGGUGUUGAAGAGGAGCUUCAGAAACUUGAAGACACCAUUUCAACGAUCAAGGGUGUACUUAUUGAUGCAGAGAAGCAUCAAGUGCAUGAUGAACAAAUCAAAACAUGGCUUAUGAGACUUGAAGAUGCCGUUUACGAAGCUGAUGACUUGGUGGACGAGUUCUCUACUGAAGCUUUACUAAGACAGGUUAUGACUGGGAAUGCCCUGGUCAAGCAGGUACGAACUUUCUGUUCAACUUCAAACCAGUUUGCUUUUCGGUUCAAGAUGGGUAAAAGAAUAAGAGAUCUUAGGAAGAAACUAGUUGCAAUUGCAGAUGAUAGGAAGUUCCACUUAGAGACAGGUAUUCAAGAGCCUAAAGUAGUGACUAGAGUAACAACUCCCAGAGUUAGGGAAGAAGAUGUUAUUGGAAGACACCGUGAGAAAAUGGAAAUCAUAAAACGUUUGUUCGACAUAGAAACUGAUCAGGAAAAUAUGGGUGUAAUUCCUAUAGUUGGCGUGGGAGGAUUAGGUAAAACCACACUUGCACAACUAGUUAUCAAUGAUGCAAAGGUUAAAAACCAUUUUGAGCCCAUAAUAUGGGUGAAUGUACCUAAGGUUUUUGAUGUGGAGUUAAUUGUUAAGGAAAUGGUCAAGUCUAGAGUAAAAGAUGAGAGACCAAUGGAUGAAAUGGAAAAAGAACUUGAAGAAAAAAUAAAAGGAAAGCUAUACCUUAUUGUGCUUGAUGACGUAUGGGAUUUUGGAAAUCGUGAAAAAUGGUUGAAGUUAGAAAAUUUGUUAAGAGUCGGUGCAAAUGGAAGUAAAAUUAUAAUAACCACACGCGAUAAAAAUGUUGCAUGCAAAAUCAAUGGCCAACAGGAAUCAACUCACUUUUUAAGGACCUUAGACGAGGAGCAUUCGUGGUCUUUGUUUAAAAGAUUGGCUUUUAUGCAAGGACAAAUGCCAGACAAUCCAAAUCAUGUGAAAAUUGGAAAGGAAAUUAUGACAAAGUGUGGAGGAAUUCCUCUAGUUAUAAGAACAAUUGCAAGUAUGUUGUAUUCUAUAAAUCUUGAAGAGUGGUCAUCUUUCAAAGAGAAGGAACUAUCAACAAUACCGGAUUAUGUUGAUGAUGUUAUACCCACGCUUAAGUUGAGCUAUGAUCGUCUCCCAUCACAUCUGAAACAUUGUUUUGGCUAUUGUAGUUUGUUUCCUAAAAAUCAUGUUUUCAGUGUGGAAAUGCUAAUAAAUCUUUGGAUGGCUCAAGGAUUUAUUAAGUUAUCAAACGAUCAUCGAGAGGACAUGGGCUAUCAACAUUUUAAAGAUUUACUUCAUAGAUCCUUUUUCGAACAAGUUGAAAUUGAUGAUUCUUUUAAGGUAACAGAAUGCAAGAUGCACGACUGCAUGCAUGAUCUUGCAAUGUCAGUUACAGGAUCAAAAUGUCGUAUGUUGAGUUUGAAUGAUAAAAAAAUCGAUAAAAGAACUCGGCAUGUAUCAUUGGAUACUUCUUUGUGGUCACCAGAAGAAGAAAAAGAAUCGUUAUCUUUGUUGGUAGAAAUGGAAAAGAUUCGAACCUUGUUUUUUACUACUGAUCUCUAUUUAUCAACAAGGAUAUUGAAGAAAUCAAUUUUAAGUUGUAAGUUUCUGCGCACAUUGGAUCUACAUGCUGCGUAUGCACGUCUUACGGUAAUGCCUAAAUCUAUUGGUAAGCUGAAGCAUCUUAGAUAUCUUGACCUUUCAUGGAAUGACAUGCAGGCGUUGCCCAAUUCUAUUACAAGAUUGCAACAUUUGCAAACAUUGAAUUUGUCCAGUUGUUGGAAACUUAGAGCAUUACCCUAUUCUAUUUCAAGGCUGCAAAAUUUGCAAACACUGAAUUUGUCCUAUUGUGGGAAUCUUGGAGCAUUACCCGAUACAAUUUCAAGGUUGCAAAAUUUGCAAACUCUAAAUUUGAAUCAGUGUUGGAAUCUUCAAGCAUUACCAAAUGACGUUACAAAACUAGUCAGCCUUCGAAGUCUUGGCAUGGGAAAUUGGUUGGAUUCCACUUUAUAUUAUAGGCCAAGUGGGCUAGUUCAACUUACUAUACGGGAUUAUGGGCGAGAACAUCUUAUACAAAUACCAUCGGUUCCACCGAAUACCGAUUCUCGCUUCUUCAUUGUUUUCUCCAAAUUGGAAAAUCUGAAUAUUGAUAAUAUUCAGGAUCUGCAACAUUUGCCGGUGUGGUUCGAGAGCCUCAGUUCUCUCCAGAAGCUGAGUAUUUCAAGAUGUUCAAAGUUGCAAUCUUUAUCUCCAGGUCUUCACCAUCUCACCUCACUUCAACGACUGAGUAUUAGUUGGUGCGAGGUGCUGGACAUGUCAAAUGGUGGUAGUGAUGAUGCAAUUCUGUGGCAAGCUUUUGGAAGACUCUCUUAUUUGUCAUGCAGUCACCUUCCAAAACUACAACAUUUACCAGUGUGGUUCAAGAACUUCCCUUCUCUCAAGGAGCUGUCUAUUUCAUGUUGUUCAAAGCUGCAGUCUUUAUCUCCAUGUCUUCACCAUCUCACCUCACUUCAACGACUGAGUAUUACUGAUUGUGAGGAGCUAGACAUGUCAAAUGGUGAUGGUGGUGAUGCAAUUCUGCGGCAACACCUUGGAAGCCUUUCUUAUUUGUGGUUGAGAGGACUUCCAAAACUACAACAUUUACCAAUGUGGUUCAAAAGCCUCACUUCUCUCGAGAAGCUGUAUAUUUCAUUUUGUUCAAAGUUGCAAUCUUUAUCUCCAGGUCUUUACCAUCUCACCUCACUUCAAAAACUGGAUAUUAGUUGGUGCGAGGAGCUGAACAUGGAAAAUGGUGUUAGUGAUGAUGCAAUUUUGUGGCAAUGCCUUCGAAAUCUCUAUCGUUUGGAGUUGAAUAGACUUCCAAAAUUAGUUGCUCUGCCUCAAGGGCUUCAACAAGUUACUAGCCUCCAAGAAAUCACUAUUUCUUCUUGUGAAAAUUUAGAGGCUGUUCUGGAACAUAUCACCAACCUCAAAUCACUAAAGGAAUUAACUAUAUGGAGAUGCUCAAAUUUGAAGUCGCUGCCUGAAGGAAUCAAUUGCCUUCCAUCUUUACAGGAACUGAAAAUUAUAUACUGUCCCAUCUUAUUGGAAAGAUGUCAAAAGGAUAUUGGCGAUUAUUGGGCUAUGAUCUCUCACAUCAGAAGGCUGGAGUUGUCUCCUAUGACAGAAGGGUUACACACAGUAAUUUGAAGACAAGGCAACAGCUUAUGGUUCUUCAUCUCUUUGAUUUUGAGAAGGCUAGUACUGAUGUUGGCAUGCAUGGUUGGGAGACAAGGAACUGCACAAUAGAAGGUUAGGAGUGGGGUGAUGAUUCAAAAUGAGAGAGGAGAGCUGAUGGUGCUAUGUUGCUAUCUCAACUAGCCAUUGAGCUCCAUGGCAUAUUUGCUGCUGAUUGUGUUACAUAGUUACUCUAAGGUGGCAGUUUAAGGGCUCUGAAUUCAUGGCAAGAGGUUGUUUCUUAGUUGAAGGUAUCAAGUAGAAAUUGAAGACCUCGGUUUUCCAAACUAUAAGACAUAAAUAGGAGAACUUUUUAUAUGCAGUUACUCAGAGAGAGCAGAUGCUACUAAAGAUUUGAGAGAAGCCAUGGAGUUGUUUAUUCUUGUCAGCAAAGACACUGCCACUAAGAAAGGCAUACAAAAAUUCAGCAAAAGGAAUGUGAGGACAAAAAGCAGCAUAAUGAAGACUGAAACACAUUGAAAAACCCAUUUUUAUGGAGGACUCUGCAUUCAUGGCAGCAAAAUACUUCUUUAAUUGAAAAUAUCAAGUUGGAAAUUAAAACCUUGGUUUUCCAACCAAUAAAAAUGACCUUGGAAAUAAAGACCUUGGUAAUUUAUAAUUUUGGAAGACAGAGGAGGGAGUUUUGAUAUCUCUGCAUGCCAUCAUUGAGAGGGGUUCUAUUUGCUGCUGCAUGUGGUCUUGCUCAACGCUAAGGGACUGUUAGAUGGAGCCCCCAUUCAACACAAUCAAUGGCCUAGUCUACGAGUUGGAAAUCAGCAGAGACCAAACUAUCAUCUUAUGGAGAGUUGUUGAGGGUCAGAGGUAGUCCAAGAGGCUGAAUGAGAGAAAUAGAUAGUUAUGCAGCCUGUUCAUCACAGUGCUUACUAUGAAGACCAUUAUGCCAUAGAGUUUAAAAUUAAAAUCAGUGAAGUACUUGCUCAGGUUGAAGUUUGAAUUCUUCGUGCACCAUGAGUUGUCUAUUCUCAAGUUUGGCCUGAAGUCAAAAAUUCCCCCUGCAUACCACCCUUCCAAGCUUGUUUCUAUAUAGAGUCAGAGGCAUGAGGGCACCAGGUCUGAAUGCUUGCUGUUAGGCCCUUCCCUGCCUUGGUUAGGCAUCGUAAUUAUUUUAUGCAUUUCAUGAUUGCAAUGAUUACAGAAUGGCUAGUCUUCAUCUGUCCUGCCAUAUAUCAAGGAGGAUGAGGAAAGGUCCAAGGUUGUCAUUCACCACAUGCUUUCCAAUACGGGAGUUCCAGUUCUGCCUUUAUGGUGCAUAAAUUUUUGGAUGUUGCACAUUCCAUGUCCAAUAACAGACACUGCGCUGGUUGAAAAGUUCUCAGGAUGUUUAUGGAUGUUUAUGUUUUGUCUGAUGACAAUGAUGAUGAUGAUGUGGUGGAAUUGGAAUUGGGGGUGAAGAAGAUUGGGAGCCUAAGUUUGAGCCAGCCAGUAGAGUUUCCAUUGAAGAGUUGGAGAGGAUCAAUGUUGAAGGUUGUUUGAAAGAAGAAGCUGGAUGUUGUUUGGUUUGCUUUGAUGAUUUCGAAACUGGAUGUGAAGCUACUCGUAUGCCCUGCUCGCAUCUCUUUCAUGGAUAUUGUAUUGUCAAGUGGCUCCAUACUAGCAAAUUUUGUCCCUUGUGUAGGUUUCAGAUGCCAUCUUUAUGAUGAGUUAUAAUACAUGUAUGGUAUAUGCAUAUCGAAGAAAGGAAGAAAAAGUAUUGUUUAGAGUUUAUAUGCUUUUGCUGUUUUUACGUAUACAAGAACAAAUAAAAGAUUAUUAUCUCUGCUUUUCACAAA